UUCUUUAUUCUUGUUUGUACUUCUAUAUAUCGUCCAUCAUAGAGCUCUGAUCUCUUUGACACUGAAACCAUGGCCUUCUUUAAAACUGGUCUCUCCAUCUUUUUGCUUGUUGUUCAUGGCAUGCUGUUUCUUUCUCAUCCAAUGCAUUGUAAUGACGAUGAAGACAAACUCUUCCAAGAAAUUAACACUUACAGGCACUCACUAAAGCUCGAAAACUUCACUGAAAACGAGAAAGCAGCUUGCCUAGCAGAUAAAAUUGCCGACGGCUUGAAGGACAAACCUUGCGACAAGAAACUAGCCGGCCACGACUACAGCUAUACUCCAGGCACCGAGCCCAAGUUCGCCAACUUCGAAAAGCUCCUCGACAAGUGUGACAUAGAUGCCACCACCACCACAGAUGGGGUUAUAUUGCCCGCUUGUGCCCCCAGAGUCAACUCAACCGAGUCGAUUACUAACUACACGAAAACUGAAUACGCAAAAUUUAUUAAAAAUUCCAACUACUCCGGGGCUGCGGUUGGCUCUAAACAUAAAUGGAUUGUGGUUAUUCUGACCACUGCCUCAUCGGAUGGACAUGGAACCUUUUCUGGUGCAGUUUCUUUGGUUGCAAACAUCAGUAUGGCUAACUGCAUGGUUGCUUUGUUACUCGCCUUGCUUCUUCUUUCGGUGUGCUGAAGUACUGCAUGCUCCAGGUGUCUACAUUGUUUUAAUUUGUGUGUUGUCUUUGUUUUUUUGUCUUUUGUUUUGGGCAUGAGGAUGAGGUUCUUAAUGUUGUCUUUGGUUGUGUAAAGUUUGCAGAGUGAUUGGUCUUUCUUUUUAACAUAUUAUGAUUGCAUUUGUACGUGUAUAAGUAAGAUCUGCAAAACAAACUGGUGCAGUAUAUUGAUAAGAUGUGGAGUUCAUUGUUAUGCUUGCUCUAGUAGUACUCUGUCUUUUCAUUUGAUGAUCUUAAGCUUCUUUUUAUAGCUUC